UGAAAGAUGACCGAAACUAUUGAAAAUUUAAGAGAUUUUAACUAUUAUCCAUUCUCAUCUAAUGUAAAUAGUAAAUACGUAUUGGCCGAAUACAUAUGGAUUGAUGGAACAGGUGAAAAAUUGAGAUCCAAAACAAAGGUAAAAUUAUAUUACUAAACUUAAGGUCUAUUUGAAUCCAAUAAAGAAUUUAGAGGAUUUAGAAUGGUGGACAUAUGAUGGAUCAUCAACAGAUUAAGCAGUUACUAGGUUUUCAGAAAUAUAUUUAAAACCGGUUUGUAUGGUGAAAGAUCCAUUUAGAGGAGAUCCUCAUUUGUUAGUGCUAUGUGAAACAUAUUUGCCAGAUAAAAAAACACCAGCAAGGUAUAAUUUUAGGUAUGUUUAUAAAAUAAAACUAAUAAAAGAUGGUUAUCUAAUUUGAUAAUGGAAAAAGCAAAAGGACAUAAGCCAUGGUUUGGAAUAGAAUAAGAAUAUUUUCUUUUAAAACGAACAGGUACAACUCAUCUUUGGCCAUUGGGUUGGCCAAAUGGUGGAUUUCCUUAUCCUUAAGGUAGAUAUUAUUGUUCAAUUGGUGAAAGAAAUAAUUUUGGUAGAGCAUUAGCAGAGGCACAUUUAAGAGCAUGUUUGAAUGCCGGAUUAAAAAUAGCAGGAUUAAAUGCUGAAGUAGCUCCUUCUUAAUGGGAAUUUUAAAUAGGAAUAGCAGAAGGAAUAGAAAUAGGAGAUCAUAUGUGGUUAGCUCGAUAUAUAUUGGAGAGAAUAGGAGAGGAAUUUGGUAUAGAUAUAAAUUAUGAUCCUAAACCAAUAUAAGGUGAUUGGAACGGAAGUGGAGCACAUUGCAAUUAUUCUACUUAAACAACAAGAUCAGAAGGAGGUUAUAAAUAUAUAGUAGAAAAUUUAAUGCCAAUUUUAUAAAAAUAACAUAAAGACAUGAUUAGAUUAUAUGGAAUAAAUAAUUAAUUAAGAUUGACAGGGAAACAUGAAACUGGUAGAUAUGAUUAAUUUUCUUGGGGAGAUGGUUCUAGAGGUUGUUCAAUUAGAGUACCAAUAAUAACAAAAGAAUUAGGUUAAGGGUAUAUAAUAAUAAUAAUAAAUUAUGUAGGUAUUUUGAAGAUAGAAGACCAGCUGCUAAUAUUGAUCCUUAUCUUGUUUCUGCAGCUUUAGUUGAUGUUACAUGUUUAGAUAGUGAGCAUUUACCAUAAUUGUUAUAGGUGUUUGAAUAAUCUUAAAAGCCUUUACAAGCAUGA